AUGAGCGCCCAGCCAGCCGACGAAUCAAUCCAAGAAGAUGCACAAUACAUCGAAAUCGACGACGCUGUAUCCGACUCAGCAUUCGGCGAAGGCACGUCAGUCCUUUCCGCCUCCAUCACAUCCAGCAUCCAAGCCUACCGUGUCGAAAACGGUCGCCGCUACCACGCCUUCAAAGACGGGUCAUAUUUCUUUCCAAAUGACGAGAAGGAAAACGACCGGCUUGACAUGCAGCAUGCACUAUUCCUAAAAUCUUGCAAGAAUCAAUUGUACCUCGCCCCGAUCCGGGACAACGUCCAGCAUGUUCUUGAUCUCGGGACAGGGACUGGAAUUUGGGCCCUCGACUUUGCAGACACUCACCCCUCCGCUGAAGUCAUUGGAACUGAUCUUUCGCCCAUUCAACCCUCUUGGGUCCCCCCGAACUUGAAGUUCAUCAUCGACGAUUGCGAAGACGAAUGGCUAUUCAAGCAGAAGUUCGAUUUUAUCCACGCGCGCAUGAUGUGCGGAAGUCUGCAAGACUGGCCACGCUUCAUUGAACAGAGCUACGAAAACCUUGAGCCAGGCGGAUGGCUGGAACUGCAGGACAUAAACAUGCCGUUUCUGAGCGAUGACGGUUCGCUGACUCCCAACACAGCCUUAUGGAAAUGGAGCAAUCAUCUCCUGGAAGCAGGAAAGAAGCUGGGGAGACCCGUAAAUGCGGCGGAGCAAUACAAGAAAUGGAUGGAGGCGGCAGGUUUCGUGGAUAUCCACGAGGAAGUGCACAAGUGGCCGCAGAACCCGUGGGCAAAGCACCCUCGGCAGAAAGAAAUUGGGCUUUGGACCAUGACGGAUAUGCUCGAGGGAUUGCAUGGACUAAGCAUGGGUCCGUUUACGAGGGCGUCGAUCAUGAACCCGGAGGAGGUUGAGGUUUUCUUGGCGGACGUGAGGAGGGAUAUUAAGAAUCCCAAGAUCAGGUCUUAUUGGAGCAUGUGA